AUGUUUGAAGAUCUCCAAAUACAAAAGUCGACAAAUGAAAUGAAAAAACCAACACAAGUUCCACAGACAGGACUGAUUAAUGAAGAACUCACAAAGCAAGACUUAUGUCAAACACAAGAUCAUCAGUUGAAACAACAUACAUCUCAACCGUUACCAGAAUUAAGCGGUGUAAUAUCGAAAUGUUCUGAUUUACGUCAAACAGUGAAAUUGUUACCAAACCAGUCCACAGCAAACACAACUUUAUCUUCUCCACAAGAAUCUUAUUCUCAAACAAAACUAUUUCAAUCAUCCGAACAAUCUCAAUUUCAUUAUCCUUCUUGGUGUUACGAUGAUGAUCAUUUGCCCGUCGUUUAUCAACAUGUUUUCGAAGCAUCUUAUGUGGAUAAUUGUAUUCAAACACAUCUAUUAUAUCCAAUUUUAUUACUAUCAGGAUUAUCAAAAGAGAAAUUAAGUUACAUAUGGUCCAGUGUGAAUUGUCAUCUACCCGGACAACUAAUUAAAGAAGAAUUAUAUUGUGCUCUAGCGAUGAUUGGCUUAGCACAACAGAAUAUUAAUGAUAUUAUUUUUGAUCACUUAUAUCAUCUACAACAAAUACCUAUUCCAUAUUUUCAUUUACCCAAUUCUCAACAAGAAAAGCCUCCUUUGGUGGAGCAAAAAGAAGAUUCUCCGCGCGAAGAACCACAACAGGAUUCAGAGGUACCGGUUUCUAUUGAAAAAUCAUUACCGUCAACAAUAACAGUGAAUAUGACUAAUAUCAUACCAGUAACAACAUCAAAUAAAGAUGAUUUUGGUGGGUUUCAAGAAUUUAUUGAUGAAAGAGAGGCAACUACCGUCUCUUCUGUGAUUGAUGAUGACAAAUACUCUUUAUUCAAACAAAAUAAUUCCGUUAUUUCGUCAGGUGAUCCGUAUUGUCUCUUUAAAUUAAGUCAGACUCCAACUCAAUUAUCGAAAAAUGUUGUUGACGACCAAAAUAAGCAAUUUACAAUAAUUUCUUCGGCAAACAAUUCUAUUGACAUUCACCAAGAUUCAUAUUCUCUGUUUGAACCACAGGAGAAAAUAAGUGUUAAAAUUGAAGAUGACCUAUCGAAUAAUAAAAUGGAAUCAGAUCCAUAUGCUGCAUUUCGCGAAGGACAACAGCAAGAGAUUAUUGAAAUUGACAAAUCUGACAAUAUUUCGUGGUUAGAAUCUGAAAAUGAAACGAUCGAUACGACUGAUCGAGAUGCUCCGCUCCAUCAAGAAGAGGAAACUAAUAAUACUCUUGUUAAUUCAUUAAAACCGAACCUUUUCAUUCAAGAUAUCAUUAAAAGUGAGCCACAUUCGUUGUCUGAUUCGAAUAACAAAUCAAACUCUUUUUCCAACGUCGCGGCAGCCAGUGUAUCAACAUUUUUUUAUGAACCGCCUGAAUUAAUUACCACGAACAGUAAUAAUGAAGAAGAAGAGGAUUAUAUUCCAUUCCAGCAUAAUCACGACGAAGAAGAUGAAGAUAACUAUCUGCCAUCAAUUGACAAACAACAGCCAUCAUUUUUAAAUGCUAGUGUAAACAAUCAAUCAUCUGAUACUCAAUCUAUCGCCAGUCUUGAUUUACCACAUAAUUCAACAAUUCAGAAAAUAAGAGAAGAUGAUCGAAAUAAUGUUGUUGAUACAGCAUCAUCCAUGACGAAUAUAAACGAUGAUAAUAGAAGUAUUAGUUCACAAACAUCAGAAAUAAUUAAACAGCAACCAAAAGAAGAUGAUGUUGCUCAUAAAUUAACAACAUGGUCAUUCUCUUCCUACGAGAAUUAUGAUAUGACACUUGAUAAUAAUGAUGAUGGAUCACCUGCAAAAGUAUGGCUACCAUGUUUACAAAAAUGUAGAUCAGUAUUAUCUAGAGCCAAUGAAAUAUUUUCAUCGAUAAAAAGUUCAUCAUUAUGUGUAGAAAUAUUACAAAAUUCACGAACAAUCGACUAUGUUUAUCAAUUACAAGAAAUAUUUUAUUUAAGUAAACGAAUUAUUAUGGCGAUUCAACAUUAUGGAUUAAUAACAAAUGAAUUGAAUGACAUUUCAAAGCAAAUUAUUGCCAUUUGGACAAAUUUACAAGCAUUUUUUUCGAAUGCAAAUUUACAACUGCCGAAUGAAGAAUCAAUCAGUUAUACGUCUGCAAUGUGUGCGAAUACUAACGAUAAUGAUUAUUGUCAUAUUUGUUUAAUAUCAUCAAAUAUAGAUCUGUUAUACCCUUCAACUUAUUUAAAUUUAUUUAAUACAUCAACUAUAACAUUUGCUGGCCGUUUAUAUCAUGCAUCGUGUGCAAAUUUUUAUAUAAAUAUGAUUGAUUCUAGUCUACCGUCAUUAACAUCAUCUCAGUUUUCCUGA